AUGCUUAUUAAAGACUAUCCUGAUCGACUGGCAUCACAGCAUGAGCUCGCUCUAGCAUAUCAAGCGAAUGGACAGAUCAAGGAGGCGGUCAAACUGCUAGAACAUGUUGUUGCAAUACAAUCGGAAGUGCUCGCCGAAGACCAUCCUGAUCGACUGUUAUCGGAGAGGACCCUUGUUGCUUUCUACAAGGAUCUGAUGAAGGAAUCCAGAACAAGACAGGCGUCUGCGACUCAACAAGCAAUGUCCGAAAACAACAUCACGUCCACUGCAUUGUCAGAUGAGUCACCAGCAGAACAGGAUCCGAAGCUAAGCUUCAAGUCGAAAGGAAGACUUCUCAUGAGGCAGCUAAAGGACCUUUUAAAGAAGGUCAAUUAG